GGGUCAUCCCAGGUGAGGCUUUGGCUUGAGAGGAAAGGAGAAGGCAAGUGGUGAUCACUAAGCAUCUUAAGGAGGACGUGCAGGGAUGAGACCCAUGGACCACAGCGUGCUGAAAUGUUGUCUCUUCUCUCUACUCUUGCUAACAGUGUCUGCAGCAGACCCUCCAUCCAAUGCAGCCAUUUUAGCUAGUGAAAUGACUCCAGGCAAUGCAUCCAAUACAGCCAAUGCAGGCCAAGCACCCAAUACAUCCACUAAUACAUCCAACACAGCCAGUACAAACCAACCAUCCAACACAGCCACUUCAUCCAGGGCAACGACACCCUCCUGUACAACACGUCGAUGUCUGGCCAGCAUGCUGAUUGCGAAAGAAGCUCUGAGUCAGCCACAGUCUCCAUCAUGCAUCUCAAAUAUCAGUGUGCCGUUAAUAGUGUAUGAAACUCUGUCUGUCGACACAAAAGAUCUCCGCUUCGAGAGUCAUCUGCAAGUUAUGUUGUCUUGGGAAGACCCUGAUUUAUCAUGGGACACAUCAGUCUAUCAUCAUGAUAUGGUGGUCCUGCCUGUCAGCAAAAUCUGGACUCCUGAACUCCAUGUGACUAAUGGAGUGCAAACAACGAUAAAGCACAGCAACAAGGAUUUACUGGUGCACAGCAACGGGACUAUAGAGCACAUGGUCAUCAUGAACACUGUGGUGGGCUGUGAGGUCAAUCUGUACAAUUACCCCUUCGCUUCAGAUUUCUGCCCCAUCGCCAUCAAUGUAUGGGCACUUAAAGGAUGUGGCAUGUUCCUGAACUUUGGGAAUGUGAGCACAACUAGUGCAAACCGUGGAGACUGGCUAACCGAGAACGUGAAACUCGAUGCGAAAGGAGGCAGAGAUGAUCGCAACUAUCUAUGGGUGUCGCUGAAAAUGCGGUCUGAAAACCCGUUUCUGUCCCUGGUCCUGCCCAGUAUACUGAUCAUUGUGGCAGAUGUGGUGAGCUUCUCCCUGCCACUGGGAGGGGGCGAGCGUAUCUCAUUCAAGGUUACACUGGUUCUCAGCUUCAUCAUGUUCCUCAUCAUCCUCAACGACCUACUGCCUGGAGGAGGCCAGUGCAGCCCCAUCAUCCGAAAGCACUUCUGUUUCUGUUUGGUCAUCCUGGUGUUGAGCACGUUGCAGUCUAUGGUGCUCACACGCCUGGCUAAGUGUGGCACUCUCUGGCCCUGCAGCCUCUCCAAGUCCAAAGACUCACUACUUAAAGACACAGACAAUGAAGAGGAAUCCAAGUCUGAUAUUAAAGCCUCAGCGGAAGAGAAGAAUACAGCCCUCCAGAAGGUGGUGAAGUUUCUCAACAAAAUGGCUGCACAAGACCAGAAAAAUGCUAUACACCAUCGCUUUGCCAACAAAGUGGACUUGAUCUGUUUCUGUAUCUAUCUCACCAUUCUCAUUGUUUAUGCAGUCGUCAUUUUAUAUUUCUCCUUUGGUUCUCAAUGUAAGAUCAACCAAUUAGAUUUCUGGUCAUAAAUUCUUUAUUCGCUUUUAACAACCAUUUUAAAAAAUAUUGGUGUAUUUGGGUCUUCAGAAGUUUUGCAAGCACAAACAAAAAGCUAGUUGUUUUGCAUUUCUGGGUAAAAUAACUAGAUGUGUUUAUUCUGAAGUAGGGCUUUAACAAUAUUUAUUUAAACAUGUUUAGAACUAGCCAGUCAUAUGUGUAAUAAUACAUUUAGCAAUUAGGGCUCUAAUGAAUACAUGUAAUGGGGACUGUAGUGCUAUAAUCCCCCAGAAUAGAGGCCUAGAACUCUAAUGCAUACAUGUAAUGGGGACUGUAGUAAUAUAAUCCCCCAGAAUAGAGGCCUAGAACUCUAAUGAAUACAUGUAAUGGGGACUGUAGUGAUAUAAUCCCCCAGAAUAGAGGCCUAGAACGCUAAUGAAUACAUGUAAUGGGGACUGAAGUGCUAUAAUCCCCCAGAAUAGAGGCCUAGAACUCUGAAUACAUGUAAUGGGGACUGUAGUGCUAUAAUCCCCCAGAAUAGAGGCCUAGAACUCUAAUGAAUACAUGUAAUGGGGACUGUAGUGCUAUAAUCCCCCAGAAUAGAGGCCUAGAACUCUAAUGAAUACAUGUAAUGGGGACUGUAGUGCUAUAAUCCCCCAGAAUAGAGGCCUAGAACUCUAAUGAAUACAUGUAAUGGAGACUGAAGCUGUAGUAUUAGUAGUGUGGAAACAAAUUAAUAGUGUGUUAUUUGCUAUAGAGGCAGUGUGAAGGCCUUAUAUUAUCUCCUAACUAAGCAGGUUCUCAACCUCAGGCUGAGAUAUCAAAUAGUCUCUCAAUCAUCUCCUCCACCUGCGCUGGGCUGUAUUUGUGGUAUCUCUCAGGGUGUUUGGAGAAAUCAUGGUCACAUCUGUGUAAAGUACAGGCAAAGGACCAUAAUGAAUAUCACUGUACCAGCGUUCUGUAUGAAAUUCUUACUGCACAUCAAUAUUGGACAGUGGUGAAUAAAAUAACCCAUGUCUUGUACCAAACAUACAUGGGACAUCCCAGUUUCA